AAUCUAACUUUAGUAUUUUUUUAAUCGAGGAAAGUUGCUGCAGUGCGAGUCCAACAAUUUAUUACAGCUGCCCGGAUUCUGGGAGUUCACUGAUUGAAACGGAUGGCCAAAAUCUCCGCUUCCUCUUCUUCUUCCUCACCAACUGUCUCCAAAGACUUGCCUCCCCAUUAUGCGGAUGCCGCCGUAGGCUUUCUGAUUGACAUGGGUAUCUCCGACGAGUACCAUGUUAAGGACUUGUAUUCUGAUCUCUUUCGCUCUCUAUUAAAGACCGACCAUGUCGGACGUGGCCACGUCUCCUGUGUCUUCUCCGUCCUACCCGCCGUUGCCAAUUUUUACGAUGGAUUACACGGAGGGGCCAUUGGAGCUAUAGCAGAGAGAGUGGCGAUUGCGUGUGCUAGAACUGUUGUGGCCAAGGAUAAGGAGCUCUUUCUUGGUGAAUUGGGCAUUUCUUAUCUCUCAGCUGCACCACUAACUGAGGUUGUGGUAGUUGAUGGAUCUGUAGUUAGGAGUGGCAGAAACUUAACUGUAGUAGCAAUUGAGUUCAGAAUCAAGAAAAGCAAGAAGCUUCUCUACAUUGCUCGUGCUACCUUAUAUCACAUGCCCAUUGCCAAGUUAUGAAGUUUCUGCCGUUUGGUAAAGCUAUGUAUCGACAAUGUAUCAGAUGGCUUCCUUGUUUUUCUGUGUAAAAUCAAUAUUGUAUUAUAUGCUUCCCAUUGCCCAUUUGUUCAUUCUCCUCCUAUUUUAAUAAGAAAUUAGAGGAUUACUAUUUAA